AAUGCCUCUUGCUUUUAGAUCUCACAAUAUACAAACACAAAAACGCUUGAAAGUAAAAGAUAAUAUAAGAUGAACUUUUCCAUUUGUCUAAUUUUCUUCACAUUUGCAACAUUCUUGGUACUUCAUGCAGAGAGUGUUGUCAUAAAUGUUGCAGCAAAACCCAAUAAAGAUGUCGGUCCGGAUUUAUUGAGCGCAUGGAAGGAAGCAUGUGCAGCCACAACAGGAAGCACCAUUGUCAUCCCAAAAGGAGAGUAUCCAAUGACCCAAGUAGUGCUUGUUGGACCAUGCAAAGGCCCAAUUGAGCUCCGAAUCGACGCCACCUUAAAGGCUCCGGCUGACCCCGCCACGCUCGACAGCAACAAGGAAUGGCUCACCAUCAAUAACGUCGACCGAUUCACACUCUCCGGCACCGGCGUUCUUGACGGCCAAGGAGCCAAAUCUUGGGACCAAAAUGAUUGCAAGAAAACUGGAGCCUGCAAUAAACUUCCUAAUAAUCUAAGUUUGAAUUUCUUGACGAACUCAUUGAUCCGGGACAUAACUUCUCUAGACAGCAAGUUGUUUCACGUUAACGUUCUGGGCGGUAAGAACUUAACGUUCGACCACGUCACCAUCAAAGCCCCGGGGGACAGCCACAACACAGAUGGAAUUCACAUUGCGAAAAUAGUGGACGUUAACGUUAAAGACAGCACCAUUGGAACCGGAGACGAUUGCAUCUCUAUCGGAGAUGGGACAGAAAACCUUCACAUCACGGGCGUGACGUGCGGGCCCGGUCACGGCAUCAGCGUCGGGAGUCUCGGAAAGACGCCCGGCGAAUCGCCCGUGAAAGGCGUCUUCGUGGAGAAGUGUAACUUCAUCAAGACAGACAACGGCGUGAGAAUCAAAACGUGGCCCGACUCGCACCCGGGAGUGGUCACCGAUAUCCAUUACACGGACUUAACGAUGGACGGCGUCCAAAACCCGAUUGUGAUCGACCAAGAGUACUGCCCCAAUAACCAAUGCACCAAGCAAAAGCCAUCACAGGUGAAGAUCAGCAAAGUGAGCUAUAAGGGCAUAACAGGAACUUCUGGGACCGAGAAUGCUGUGAUCCUUGCUUGCAGCAGUGGGGUGCCAUGCGAGGGGGUUGAGGUAGGCGAUAUAGACUUGAAGUUCAGUGGUGGGGCCGCCAAAUCCACGUGUACCAAUGUGAAGCCCACCUUCACUGGAAAGCAGAACCCAGCACUUUGCACUGCCGCUUAAAUUUAUUAAGAGCAGGCAUUUUCUUGAUUUGGUCGUUUAAUUAGGAGUUGAAUCAGGUAGUUAAUUAUAAUUAAUCAAAUAAAAGUGUACAUAUAUGUAGUUCAUGGUUGUAUGUGGUUGUUCUAUGUGUUGCCCUACCCAUGAACAUGUCCUAUGUGUUACCAGGUACUAGCUUAGUAGAUCUUUUAAUUGGGAGU